ACAUUUAAUUUUGCUCCUUUUUUUUUUAGCUUCCAUGAUGUUCCAGUACUUUGUGAAAAUUGUCCCAACAAUUUAUGUGAAGUUGGAUGGUGAGGUGGUGAGGACAAAUCAGUUUUCAGUCACACGGCAUGAGAAGGUUGCGAAUGGGCUGAUCGGGGACCAGGGGCUCCCAGGCGUCUUUGUGCUUUAUGAGCUAUCUCCAAUGAUGGUAAAAUUUACAGAGAAACACAGAUCAUUCACACACUUUCUCACUGGAGUCUGUGCCAUCAUCGGAGGAGUAUUUACAGUGGCAAGUCUGAUUGAUUCGUUGAUCUAUCACUCUGCCCGUGCUAUACAGAAGAAGAUCGAGCUGGGAAAAGCUGCAUAGCGCAAGGGGCUAGUAGCAAGUGACUGAGUGCACACGCUGACUCUGGAUAUCUCAGUAUCAGAAGGAUCAUUCGUGCAAAGUGUCGGAUAACCUGGGCGAGGUUUCAUUGAGGCCGUUACAGUUAGUUUGUUCACACUGAAAUAAUGCCUGGCAUAUACAUGAUUCUGAAGCUGGAUGUUUGUAAGGGAAUUUAAUUUAUAAAAUGUGGUGAGCAGGUUUUUAUGUGUUUGUGAUCUUGAUCUCUAAAGGUGAAUCCUCACAAUCUUCCUCCCUAAAUCCUCUUGCUUCCUGACCCAUCUCUCCCAACACUUCCCCUCCCUUAAUUUUCAUCUAAAACCAAUCCGAGUCCUCAAUUGCAAGAAGCAUUGAUUUAGCUUGGGCAGCUCUGUCCUCCCUGUAACAGGAGCUUCUCUGUUCAGACACAGCUGCUUAUGGGCUCAUUAGCCUCAGGUAUAGUCUUCUCCUGUGUUGGUGACUGUAGAGACAGAAACAGACCCAUUGUCCUACCUCAGUGCCCCUCUACUGCAUCUUCACCACAGCUUUCCUUCCAACCAGGGUCAGCUCCUGAUGUGAACUAUUUUACUUGCUUUAAGAUGUAUUCUGGGGUUUUUGUUGGGACAGUGUAGAGGGAGCUUUACUCUGUAUCUAAUGCCGUGCUGUCCCUGUCCUGGGAGCGUUUGAUGUGGACUUUAGUCAGUUGAACAGCACCUUCUCUGAUUACAAUUUCUGAAGUUGAGCUAAAAGAAUAAUUUUAAAUAAAAUCUCCAUUAUUUCCAAUUGUUAAAAUUUGACAAUAUUAUUAACAGUGGUAUUUUUGUUUGAUGAAAAGUCUGUAUUGAAGCCUUUCCUGUUGAAUGUUUGUUUAUUAAAGUGAACAGGUUUCUCUUUGUGAUUA